AUGCCAAUUAACUCCUCCUUUAGACCUUCCUCCCCAUAUGAUAAACAAUAUAAACAAAAGCAACAAAACAAUAACGAAGAGAAUGAAGAACCAAAAGAUCAAGUUAAAAUAAAUGAUCCCAAUAAUAAUAAUAAUAAUAAUAAUAAUAAUAAUAAUAAUAAUAAUAAUAAUAAUAAUCAUAAUCAUAAUAAUAAUAAUGGUCUAGUUGAAAAUAAUAUCAUUAAUGUUAAUAAUAAUGAUAAAAGCAACAAUAAUAAAAAUAACCCAGAUACUGAUCCAUCAGUUUAUCAAUUACUUCAAACUUCUAUUCAAUUAAUUUAUCAAAGUAGAUUAUGCUCGAAAUAUGGUGGUUCAUCUAACCAAACACCUCAAUCAUCACCUUUCUUAUCACCAAAUAAUGAUAUACCCGAUGUCUUUAAUAUUAAACAGUUCGAAGGAGGUUUAUUUCAAUCUAAAACCCUAUCCCCAAAUGAUUUAGGCCCAUAUAUCAACAAAGAAAUUCAUUUAGAAUAUGUUGAAAUUAAUGAAAUUAAUAGAGAUUUAACAUUAUGGUGCGAUCAUAUUUUAUCUAGCCCAUUAAAGAUUGAUAUAUUUUUAUGUACAUUUAAUCAGGAAACAAAUGAAUAUAAGCAUUCUUUAUUAGAAAGAUGGAUGUUUUCUUUUACACCAAUUGAUUUUAUGCAACAGUUUAAUAAAAACCUAUUAAUUUCAACAUCAUCCGAAGAUUUAGGUAUUGGAAUGACAACACACCAGCCACCAACACAAUCGCUAUCCUCUUCUUCAAAUCCAAUAAGUCAUAGUAACCAUUUUGAUUCACCACCUUCCCUCGAACUCUCACCAUCAAAUAUACAAACAUCACCUUUAUCAGCAUACAACCAAACAAUAGCACUACUAAACAAACACAACCAACUAUUAAACCAAGAUAUAUAUUCAUCAGUUUUAAUUAAAUCACUUUAUUAUACAUUAUCAUCGAUGCCUUUAUAUCAAAGUCUAAAAAAACAUCAACAAAUGGGAAACUCUAGUAUAAUACCACCCUUACCAAAAAUCAAGUAUGGUAUAUCCCAAAAUUUUCCACCUCCAUUUAAUUUUAAACCUGAGGAGUUUUCUCAUUUGGUGAAAUUAAAUUUUCCCCAAUAUGAAACCUCCAAAGGUUCAAUUAACUUAUCUGUACAAUUUCCAAACUCCUCAAUUCCAAUUAUAGAUGGUACAAUUUCUUCAAUUGUAAUAUAUCCUUCAAGAUCUUGUUCGUCAAACUUAAUUUGUCAUAUCAAUAAUAAUAAUAAAAAUAGUAAAAACAAUCAAAGCCAAUCACUAUCUAUAUCACAACAAUUACAAUCAUUACCACCAUUAAAGCAACUAAUUCAGCAAAAAUCAAAAAAUGUUAGUAACAACUUAACAAAAUAUUUUCAAAAUAAUAAUAAUGAAAAUAUAAAUAAUAUUACCAGUAGUAGUCACUUGAUAGAUGAAAACAUUAAACCAAACUCUCCAUCACCAUCCACAUCGACAUCGACAUCACCAUCAUCAGCACCAAUAUCCAUACCAAAAUCGAAUUCACCCUCCUCACCCUCAUCAAAAGCAAUUGAUAUUUCAAAUAUAAAUAAUAAUAACAACAAUAAUAAUAAUAUUGGUGAUAAUAAAGAAAAUAAAGAUAAAAUGAUUUUACAAAAUAUUGGCCAUUAUCAACAUCAUCACCCAAAAUCAAUGUCACCAUUAAACAAUAGUAAUAACUAUUCAUUUGAAUCAUUUGCAUCACAAUUCUCACCUGCAAGUUUUAAAUCAUUUCCAUUUUCACCAACAAGCCCACCACUUAGUUCAUUUAGUUUAUUAAACUCACCAAAUAAAAAUCAAAUCUCUCCACCAUCAUCCCCCUAUAGAGUUGGCCAUAGGCCACUAUUUUUUGAUGGUUUGUCACCAUCAUCAAUUAGUGGAGGCUCACCAAACAAAUUUAUGAAAUCGCCCACAUCUUUUUAUUCAUCUCCAUCUCAGGAAACCUCGAGCCAUUACCACCAACCCAUGACAUUUGGAUCAUUCCAGGAAUCACUUUUAACUGGCAAUAUGUCAAAUACACCAUCUACUAAAUUUGAUGGCUACCUAGCAAAUCUAGGUGUCUCUGGUAAAGACUAUAUACCACCCCACAAGAAAAUACCAUUUUCGGCUCUUUAUUAUCAUAUUGACCAUGAUACUCCAUACGUUGCUGAUAUUGAAAUUGGCGAAAAAGGCUUUAGGGUACCAUCAAAAGGCUUGAUUCAACUAACUCUAUUCAAUCCAUUCAAUACCCCAAUUAAAACAUUUUUAGUAAAUUUCGAUUUAACAGAUAUGAACCCAGAAACCAAAACUUUUAUUAGACAAAAAAUUAUAUCAUUUAAUAAUAAUAAUAAUAAUAAUAAUAAUAAUAAUAAUAAUAAUAAUAAUAAUCAAUUAGCGUCAUCAUUAAACUCAUUAAAUAUUUCCUCAACAUCAACAUCACCAUUAAACAGUAAUAAUAACAUAACAACAAAUCAAAAUAUUUUAAAAUAUGCGAUUCAUUUAAGAUUUGUUUGUUUAAAAAAAAGAAAAUAUUAUUUAUACAAGAAUAUUAGAGUUGUAUUUCCAAAUAGAGUUCCCGAUGAAAUGGAAAAGUUAAAAAUUAUUUACGAAUAUCCUCCCGAUCCAAAAUAUUACCUUAUAAAUAAAUAA